AUUCAGACUUAAAAAAUAUUCACUCAUUCCUCACGAACUACUUGAACAAUGAAUGAAUAAUUUAGUCAUCCUUUAGAAAACCAAUGAAUCAAAUUAAUGUGAACAUUUACAUAUUAUAUAAUUCGUUCCCCUGAUGCCGAUCUGGUCUUGUUUUCCCAGACAGAGAGUAGUUUAGGUAAUUUAUCUAAUGGACGGCAAAAUAGAUGCAGUGCCACUAAAAACUCGUUUCUACCCGGUGAAUGGGUUUGAAAGCGGAUUCGUUGUUGAAAAUGACACGAAUCGUCUCGGAAUUCUUACAAAAGUACCUGAAACAAGUUAAAAAAUCCGUUGGUUAGCCUACAUUUUAAAAAUUUUGAUCGAAACAAGCUACUUAUUAAAGUUGCUUUUUGGCGUCAUAGUGCCAAUGAAUUGUUUAUUUUUCAGCGAAAUACGUAUGUAUGUAUGAGAUGUAAAUUGUUGUAUGUACUUGAACAACUUGUUUCUUAUGCGUCAAUGGGUUUGUUUCACGGGCUUGGCGUCAUGGAAAUGAUAUGAACAAAGUAAUCUAGCACAAAUAAUUCGGCUAAGAGUAUGUACCUUAAACUCGACAAAAAACCGUCAUUUUAUGUACUCACAUUUAUGUAUGUAUAUCUGAAUAUUUCAGCCAUAAGAUGCUCAAAUAGAUAGUAACUAGGAAGUCGGUCAGUUUGGCGAAAAUCUUUCGCCAUAAAAAAUCCUAUUUGGCGAAAAACAUUCCAAACAAAUACAUCUUCUAUCUAUAUUAUAAACUGGAAAUGUUUGUCUGCAACGGAAGUGAAAGUAAUUUUCCGUGACGGAAGUGAAAGUGGAGAAAGUUUCAUUUGCUAUACAUACUUGCCAACAGACACUUCCAGCUAAUAAUAUAGAUCCAAUAAAAAAAUAAUUCGGUGAAAUUAUGAACAAUCCUACUUAAUUUUCACUAAAAUCAAAUAAGCCCGUCGCCCGACGGGAGACGGGCUUAUACGCUAGUAAAUAAUGCUUUUAGGCUUUCCAAUAUUUUAUAUUGGAUGCAGGAAGGCCUAAGGAAAAUCAACUACCCCCGUGUAAUUUAACGCAAAUCUCAUUUUCCCCCAACAAAAAUUAAAUAUCCAAAAUGAAUAAUAUCAACGCAAUUGAACUUGACUCAUCCCAUAAAGCCAUAUCCUUACCAUAUCAUUAGUAUUUAUGGUUGGGAUACCAAGGAGCGAAUCAAAUUUUGGGUAAAGUAAAAUUUUCUUGAUAUUAAUGGAUACUGUUCAUUUAUUUUUUUCGUGAUUUGGUUUACGUUGUGCAUUACUUUCUGUGUUCAUUCCUAAUUAAUAAUUUAAUUUGAAAUUUUAAUUUUGCAGUAGUUUCUUGCCCUUUACAAAUUUUUAAACUGUUUUUUUUCUAUUUACUCAAUUGAUGAUUGUCGCCUAUUUUAGUUUGAGUAACGUAACGCAGGACUUUGACCCCUCUACCCGCCUCGUAACGUAAUUUAUUAACGGUCCCUUAUACAUAGGUAUGAAAGUCUGGUUUGAUAGUUAAUAUUAAGAGGACAGUUUCUAUUUUUUAAGAGGAGCGUAAAAUUCAUUCCAAGAUUUAUUCACAUGCAUGCUUUGACUAAGGGUAAGUUAAUAACAUUAUCGAGUUUAUCCUUAGUACAAAUUUCACAUUUUCAACAACUAUUUAUCAUUACAUAGUAGUUCUUCAUCCCUUACGUCAGUUGGCAGGAUAUUUGGCAGAGUAUUAGUCUCCGGCGCCGCCGGCAGCUUCCGCAUCUUCAGACCUCGGCCAAUUUUGGUGACGGUGUUUUUAAUUUCCGAAAUAUGAAAUGUCUUACCAUCCUCCAUAAAUCAUGAGGGGGAAAUUACUCUGCCGGGCCGUUCGUGUUUUUGGGGGUAUCAUUACUAACUUUGCAUUUCGAUGAGUCAGAUAAGAUGGGGGACUUGAAAAUUUUGGGGGUAAAACAUCCUCACUUAUUGGGACCGAUAAGACGAGUGGGAUGGAUGACAGGAUAAAUAAUUUCAGAAUCUGUGUAAUAAAAUAUGUAUGUAUGUGUCAAGUAUAAAUUAAAUUAUUCAAGAGAUAAAGAUUUCAAAUUAUUUGAUAAAAAAAUGAUUAUAAUAAGAGUACCAAAUCAAUAAUUAUGUAAUUAAGAAAUAGGUAUGUGCAUAUGUGAGGAUGAAAUUAUCGUUCGAUUUGAGGUGCAAAUUGUUCUUUCAUUAUUUCUAAAUGUGUGCUAUGCAUACCAAGAGGUAAAACAUUUUCAAUAGUGCACUCUAAAUAAAAAUUGGUUAAGUUUACUCAAAGUUGGAAAAAAGAGGAUGGCACAACUAAAAGGUGAAUUUUGCUCAAUGUUGGGUAAAGUUCACCUUUUGGCUGUGUUAUCCUCUAUUUCACCCAAGCUUGAGUAAAUUUUACUCAUUUGUAUUUAGUACGUACAAUGCGCAUAAUUUGCAGGUAAAAAUUCGUUACUGGCAUGAUACAACAAAGUUAUCAGAGAUGGUUAAAUAAAAUGCAAUUAAUUAAAUCUACGUAAACCCUUAGAAAUAUUUAGUUUUACCCUUGAUUUCUAAACACUCACCAGCAUGAUUUUUGUGGAUUUUGCAAUUCUUAAAAAUGUUCCCAUUCUUAACGAUAUAAUUUAGGUAUGGGUGUAAUACGUCUUCCCACCCUGAGGAUGACAGUCAUACUAAAGACAAACAUGGAACAAAAGUAGGGUUUUCGGUCAACAAUCGGCAUGCACAUAAAAGUUGUUUUAAACCAUUUUCAUACAUAUGUACAUACAUAUACAUAUAUUCAACGAGAUACGGCGGGAUACAAUCCUGAACAUUAUCCAUGAAAGGUUCCCCUCAAUGUUUCGUUUUGUGUCACAGGCUUAUUCCUCGCCUUCUCAGCUAUUUUAUGGGAACACACCCAUCUCCUCCCGCCGCGGGGCCCAACAAGGAGAUCCGACAGGUUCCGCACUCUUCGCCCUUGUCGUCCAGCCCAUUGUCCUUGCAAUCGAGGCAGAACUUAACCUUUGGUAUUUGGACGAUGCCACUAUAGCGGACACCCCAGAAAAAGGGUUAAUCGCGCUGGACACCAUUAUCCGCAUGGGCGAGGAAGUUGGUCUUCGCCUGAACACCGCCAAGUGUGAAGUGGGCGUGCUAGGGGCGGACGAACAUUCCGCCUUGAAAUUUUGGAGCGUUUUAGUCGGGCAGCACCGGGAAUACAGGAGAUUUCCCCCGAAGCCGCCGUACUCCUGGGUGCUCCUCUCACCGACGAGUCGAUCGAGGCUGUAUUUGGGGUGAAAACCGAACAAUUAGCUACACUUGGGGCCCGACUUCUCGAGCUCUCCUCCCACUCUGUUUUUUUCCUGCUUCGGGCAUCCAUAUCGACGCCCCGCUUGAUAUAUUUUCUUCGCUGUGCCCCCACUUGGCGAAGAUUUGACGCCCUCGCCCUCUAUGACUCCAAACUAAAGAUGUCGAUGGAGGGGAUUCUCAACUGUUCCCUUUCCCCGCAAUCAUGGCUUCAUUCCUCCCUUCCGGUCAGUGAAGGUGGCCUGGGGGUCAGGCAUGCUGUAGACGUGGCGAUUCCGUGCUUCUUAGCGUCCGCUUACAGCGCCCUGCCCCUCGUUGAGCGCCUACUUCCGCCAUACCUACAUGGCACCGACACCGCACAGCAGGAAGGAGAACAGAGGUGGAACCCCAUGGGACCGGCGGAACUCCCCCCGCUCGAUGUCAGGGGCAUUCAGGCCACAUGGGAGAAGCCUCAACAGGAAGCCGCCAUCAAUCACCUCAAAAAUGGUGCACCAACACCGGAGGAUAAAGCCCGCCUCCUUGCUAUUGGACAACCGCAUGUGGGGGCGUGGCUUAAUGCCAUCCCUUCGCCACAACUUGGGACGCUACUCCCAAAUGAGACUUUCCGUGUCGCUUGUGCCCUUCGUCUUGGUUGUGACGUCUGCCAUCCUCACAAAUGUCCAUGUGGAGCGGAGGUCACAUCAAAGGGCUAUCAUGGCUUAAAGUGCAAGAGGAGUGCAGGUCGUUAUUCGCGACACACCGCUGCCAAUGACGUGAUUUCGAGAGCGCUCCGAUCUGCCGGAGCCCCAGCCAUCAAAGAGCCACCAGGUUGCUCUCGACAAGACGGGAAGCGCCCUGACGGCCUAGUACUAAUCCCUUGGGCGAGAGGGAGACCCAUGGUAUGGGAUUUCACAUGUUCGGACACCUUCGCACCAUCCUACCUCCCUCAAACCCGCAUUCAUCCUGGUGCGGCAGCCGAGAAGGCGGAGGACGCCAAAAAUAAGAAAUGUGAAUUUCUGCAGGACAGAUUCCUUUUUGUACCUGUAGCCAUUGAAACCAUUGGAGUGUGGGGCAAGGAGGUUCUGUCCCUUAUUAAGGAAAUCGGAUCAAGGAUCACGAUCGUCACAGAGGAGAAGAGGGCAACAGCGUUUCUUUUACAGAGGAUGAGUAUUGCAGUGCAGCGUGGAAAUGUUGCUGCAAUUUUGGGAUCUCUUCCAGCCGGACGAGAGCUGGAUGAGAUAUUUUUACUAUAAGACGACGGAGUAGGUUAAGGUUUUUUUAAAAUUUCAGAUAGGGACGAUUUUGUAAGACGCUGGUCGUUUAGCUUUUUUAAAAGAAUAUAAGAUGUAACAAUAAGUACCAUACUCUGCGAUACAAUUCAUACUCUUAAUGAAUAAUAUAUAUUUAUGUAGGUAUGCAAUACAUUUACAUACAUACAUAUUUAUGUACGUACGGCAGAGAUGAAUCAGGUAUAAAUACAGCUUAUGACUAGUGCGAGUUGUACAUACUCGUUUACAUACAUAGGUAUGUAAAUGAGUACACUGUAAAUAAAUGAAUAUAUAAGAGUUGUGCUACAUAACUUCACCCAAGGUUGAGUAAAAAAAAAAUAGGAAGACACAACAAUCAGGGUAUGCUACCCCGGAUUUUUGGGGUAUUGUGGUUUUGCGGGUUUUGGUGGGUUUUGGGGUAGCAAAUUUGAGCAAUACCCACGGGUAGUCGGGGUAGUGGGGGUUUUUAAAUUUUAUAAAGUGUGGUAACAUAGCUUUACUAGCAAUUCUAAAUUAAUUAGUUAAUUAGUUAUGAAAAUUAAAUUAAUAAGCGGCUUUGUCGAGAAAUUACAGAAAAAGCCGUUUUUCAAACCUAGUACAUGAGACAGACUCAGUUUACCCCAAUAACCCCGAUUACCCCGACUACCCCGACUACCCGCAGAACCCAGGUAAAACCCCUGGGUAUGGGUUUUCAAUAGCAAAACCCCGGGGUUUUCCUUACCCUGACAACAAUUUGGUAAAAUUAACAGAACCGAUUUUACUAAACUGUAUGGAAAUUUUGUACAAGUUGGACACAUGGCUAACUUUAUGCACUUGUGGCGCUCAUAACUUGAUGAAUUUGGCACCUUGACAAGUACUAAGCCAAAUGUUGUUUCGAAAGACUUGCUACUAAAAACAUGGUCAAAGAUUAAUCUGGGCUGAACACAGUUGGAGUCCCCAUUGCAAGUCUAACUUGCGGCAAAUGAAUAAAAAGCGUAAUUUAUAUGCACAAACAUUUAUUUUCAAAUUUUAAAUCCGUGAAUAAUAAAUGAAAAAUUAUUUAAAGUUUGAAA